AUGCGUGGUGCUCGUACUGCCGUCGUUCUUGGGGCUAUCGGCCCCGCCCUUGCUCUGAGCCCCUUGGACACUUUUUACCCGCCGACUCUUAAUGAUACCUCCUACAUUUCGAAUACUUCCAUUGGCACUUAUGGCGGGAUAUACAAGGCUGCUACCAAUGGUCCCACCGAGGGCACUCCCUAUGGUACCUAUGACUACUGCUCGAUGCCCCACCCUCGUACCAAUGAGUAUGAGCUUCCCGAGCUGAUCGCCAAAGGCUCCGUCAAGGGAAAGCUUAUUUACCUUGAGUACCUGCAGCGUCACCAGCGUCGCUCCCCGUACAAUAUUCUACCUGGCGGCGAGAACCAAGCUUACGAGUGCGAUAAUGUCCGCCCGUACCUUUAUGCCGGACCCAGCUCCAAUAGUGGCAUCCAGCCUAUUCCCAUGUACGCUCAAACGUACGAGGAUUCUACCAACCCCUUCACCCCUGGUGUAAAUGGAACUUGUCAGUACCCGCAGAUUACUAUUGGCGGGGUCCAAGACGGCUUCCAGCAUGGCAAAGAUCUUUGGGCUGUCUACGGUAAGAAGCUUGGCCUUAUCCCUGAUGCGCCUAACAGCCGUGUCUGGUUUCGAUCUAGCGACUCUGCUCUUACCCAGGGCUCCGCCGGUGCUGUUCUACGAGGCGUCUGGCCUAAAUACGAUGGUGCUCUUCCUUUGCACCAGAUGGUAUCCUCAGUUGACACUGUUAACGAGGGGUACUCUUGUGGUGCCAUCGACACUACACUUGCUGAACUUGAGGCAACCAGCGAAUGGAAAGCGCACUUGACCGUUACCGCUGAUCUACGCUCUAAGCUUGGCUCUAUGCUCGGCGCUACCUCCAGCUCGUGGCAGGACACCUUUGACCACUUCUCGGAUAACUUCCAGGCUCGCCUCUGCAAUGGCUAUGAUCUGCCUUGCAGCACCUCUAACUCCUCUGCCUGUGUCACUAUGGAAAUGGCCGAGGAGGUCUUCCGUGCUGGUGACUGGGAGUGGAACUACUACUGGCGCACCAACGCGUACGUUAAGAAGUACAUCCAGGUCGUUGAGGGUCUUUUCAUCUCCGAGAUCGUUACUCGUUUACAGACCGUUUUGGAUGGUAACUCCAGCUUUGAUUACUCUCAUACAUUCAUUCACGACGGUGAUAUUGGUCCUAUUUUGGGUGCUCUGGGAAUCAACGUUCUCCGCUGGCCCGCCAUGGCUUCUAAUAUUGCUUUCGAGAUUUGGGAAACUGAGGGUAAGAAGGAUCUCUACGCUCGUGUCCUGUAUAGCGGACAGCCCAUUCAGACUAUCCACGGAAGCCUCGAGUGGCUGUCUCUCUCCAGCCUCAUCGACAUCCUGACCCCCUAUGUGCCUGAAGACAUCACUAGCCUUUGCGGCUAA